AUGAGCUGCGACAGCAAGCUAUGUGCAGACGUCUCCUGGGCUUUAAAUGGAGCUAUCAUUAGCAGACUCUUCCUAGAUCCUCAGACAACGGUCAGCGACUUGAAGGGGAUCCUGGAAGACCCAGCGAAGACGCCUUCGGAGUUUCUGGAGAUUCUCUGCGAUGGGAGCAAGCUCGACGACCCUGUCUGCAUGUGCAUUUUUGCUCCUUCUGUUGCUUUGCUUGCCGUUCGCCGCGAGCCGCCGGCACUCAUGGGUUUCUUGAAAGUGGUUUGGAUACGCCAGUUGCUAGAUGGCUCCUACUGGAACAGUGCAGCAGAGCGGAGGGACGUGAAAGUUGCGGCGUACAUCGUUGCAACGGAUCAGGCCGGAGUUCAGGUCAACCAGCAGGAUACUCUUUGGGAUAGAUGCUCGCACCUGUGGUGUUGA